CCGAGCGAGAGAAGUAGAGCUGGCUAUCAAGUCGACGGCGACAGAUCCGAGUGCAGAUGUCAGGAAGGCCAGCAGGAAGGUGUUUGAAACGUACAAAGUCUUAUUUGGACAUCGAGUUGAUAGUUUUGUAUCUCCCAUGACUCCCACUAUGAGAAAGUACCUAGAUAUCAAAGCCAGCCACGCUCCCCAUUCACGCCCCCCGUCCCGCCCAGACUCGGCACAGUCAUGUCAUUCGCAAGGUGCGGAGGUCCAGAGUACCAAGCGGACCCUCCAAUCGAAACCCCAAGAUAUCGCGAAAGCACCUGUCGAUUUAGCGCAUUUCCGGUCAGCCUCUGCCCCGCAAGCUGUACCGGAGCGCCAUAGGCAGACAUUACGGUCAGGGGACACUACACAGCCCUCGUCCGACCGAGCGCAGUCUUCGCGGCACCCGAAUCACAGUAGGCCCGCGAGCAGUAACGACCGACGACGGGCAGAUAUGCCUCCACCAGAACACAUCCCUUCGCGACCAGCUCAACGCCCCGUGUCGUCUUUAUCGACCAGAAGCCACGAUGCGGCACUCCACAGCACGGCCGAGUCGUCACAAGCGCCUUUUAAGCACGUCCAGGGUAAUUCGACGGGCCCUGUUCCUACAGGUCUGGUGCGCCGUCCAGCCCUCCCUGGAACCCAAGUCCUGUCGACAAUGUCGGCACCUCUGCGACCCCCGCUGCAUCAGCGAGCAGCAACCACAGAAAGCGGCAGAGACGGGCCUUUGAGGCCUUUGACUGGCAACGAGCCGGAAGUGAAGUCUGAGUCUACAGACUUGGCACGCUCAACGAAGGGCCCGAAAAGGGUCCCUGUAUCGUAUUUGGAGACAUCGAAGCCUGAGGGGCGAGAAGAGAAGCGCCCGCUGAAGUCUGCUUUUAGGGAGUUGACUUCGGUAAACACCAACUCGGCAAUGAGCGCAGACGGCUCGGCCACGAAUCCCCUUCCGAAGGCUACCACUCUGAAGCGUACGAAAAGCAAGGCUGCUUUGCCUAGCCAGCCGCCGGCGACAAAAACUCGAGCCGCAGCCCUCUCCAAGUCUGAGACCGGGACUACUACCACCCGGGAAGUUCGCUCUGAAGUCAAGGGGACCAAGGACGCGCCCCUACGAAGCACAUCGCGUAUGGACAACGCACCCUCGUCGCAAAGAGGCAAUGAGGCUAGAGCAAAGGAAACAAAGAAGGAAGCCGCAAAACCCGUCUGGGGACAGCGAGCUGCCUCCAAGAGCGGUCCGGCAAAAGCAUCAGGAGCGAAGCAGAGUUCGAUGAACAAGAAAGAGAACGUCGGUGCAGGCGCUAGACCAGGCAGUAAGAAACAAACACCCGAGCCUGAAAAGAUCCCCCUCCCUUCCAGCCCAUUGGCAUCCCCUACACCCAGUCUCGUCCCACUACCUCCGUCGCCAGAUGUGGCUGAAGCGAUUCUACCACCGGAGGAUUCAACCGCACCUGCAGAGCCAAGGGAGGCAGCUGAAGAACUGGAAUCAAUGAACGAUAAUGCAGAAGCCAGCGAAGAGCUCCACGACGAAGCCGCGCCUCUGGCGCUUGACCCUGCGACGGCUACUCAGCCUAUUACGACCGCAAAGAAUCAAGCGCUUCGCUCUCGGGUCGCUUUUCUGCAGGACGAGCUUCCUACGCCAGCACGCACUCCUAUCUCCAAACUUGUUUCUGCCAUCGAGCGCGGAUUCAUCUUCACGCCUGGGUCACCACAAGCGGGCUUAGAACCUUACGAUUUAUCACUCGAUUCGUCGAUCGACAUCAUGACGCCCAUUCCCGCACUUGCGAUCCCUGCUAAGGACGCGGGUGAUCAGUCAUUUUGA